GCCCGCCGAACGGGCCCGCGGGGCCGGACGCUGCCUCGCGCAGAGCUGGAACAGGUACUGUGAGCUGAUGGGGAAUAACCAGAAGCCAGCCUGGCAAUCACGCUGGGGAAGGUCCAGUUGUAUUUCCAGUGACCAGUCCUAGAGACAGAAAGGCAAACCUGUGUGUAGCUGACCUUUCUAAGAAGAAGCAGAAAAUCAUAUUUUGUCUUUAGGGGGAAAAGAAGCAAUAUUUAAACUGUCUUUGUGCAUCCUGAAGAAGUAAGUAAAAUAUAAAAAACAUCUAAAAAAGUAAAAAUGGCUGAACUGGACCGUGGAACAUUGUUUUCAACUCCUAGGAUUAGUGAUGGAGAAAAUCCAGUGAUUCCUGCUAGAAAGGCUCUUUGCAGCCAGAAGUACAAACCUGUUGACUAUAAACAUCUGCAUGAACUUGCUGCAGAGGCAAAAGUGGCCUCUGAAAAAACUCAGUUAAAGAUUAAAAAAACAGAGCAAGUUUCAAAAAUUAACAAAGAGCAAAUGCUGCUGAAACAGCACCGGCAGGUGUGGUGGCAAGAGCAUAAGAGGCUGAGAGAGAGCAGGCUAAAAGCAGAAGGAGAAAUAAAGACUUUUCUUAAUGAAGAAAGCCAUAAGCACAACUUCUUUUUGGAUUUGAGGGACUUGGAGCAGGAAUUGUCCAGGCAGCGGGACACUUACCAAACAAACACUGCAGUUCCUGUCUGGCAGCUAAAGGAGGAUUUAAAACUCAAGCUGGCAGAAAUGCAGCUUUCACUCUCAGAAGAAUCUUGUCAGAAACCUGAGAUCGAUUCAUUUGAGAUGUUACAGCAGAUCAAAUUUGUGAAGAACCAGCAAAAGGCAGUUUUGGAAGGUCUUGCCCUUGAAAGUCUGGCUUUGGAGAGAGAACUUGAAGACUACAGAGCAAAUGCAUUAGCGGGCUCUUUUGAGGAGAAAAAUGGGCUUUUCCAUGAAGUUCCUGCCGAGCUGCUGUCUCUGGAAUGCCCUUACCCUGACCUGAAGACCUUGGUGAUCCAGGAGUACCAAGAGCUUGCCAGUGGGUACUGGGUGAGGCUUCAGGAGGUCGACCAGCAGUUGGAAGCUUUAUCCAGGAACAGUGACUGGAAGGAAGAAGAUCAGUGGCUUUUCCAGGCUGUUAUCAAUCAGUAUCCAAGUGAUCUUCAGAGGAGGAGGACUUUGUACCUGGAUAUGCUGCAGAGAUACCUUCCCCACAAAUCAUGGCAUGAGCUGGUUGCUCAUGAGAAAGCCUGGGACCACUGCCAUUCCGUCAGGAAUCAGCGCAGAGCCCUGCUGCUGAGCUGGGCUCAGGCUAGGAAAGCCUUUGUCCUUAGGGCAGUGGCAACUGCUGCUGAAGCUGCUGCUGCUCAUGAGGCAGAAGUGGUGCUGGCUGACUCCAGGCAAAAGCAACUGGAGAUCUGUGCUGAGCUGAAAGCAAAGGUUCUACAGUGGAAAGCACAGCAGGAAGAAGCUGCUAAACUAGAAGCUGCUGUGGCUGCCAGAAGAAAAGAAAAGGAAGAUGAGAAAAAAAGGCUACAGAGAGAACAGGAAACCAGUCGUAGAGCUCAGGAGAAAGAGAAACUGAAAAAAUACUGGGCUGAGAAACAACUCAAGUGGCAAGAACAGGAGGAGAGAGAUCUACAACGUCUGGAGGAAUUGAGAAAAUUAAUGGCUGAACAAGCAGCUAAAGACAGAGAAAGGGUGCAAUUCCGGCGGGUGCUGCUGGAGAAGCGGCUGCUGGAGAGAAAGGAGCAGGUCCUGCUCCAGGCCCGGGAAGAGGAGGAGAGAGAGAAGCGCCUGGAAAUGCUCCGGCAGCAGGUUGCUGUUGUUGCAAAAUCAGACCCAGCCAGAGCAGUGGCUGAUACGGUGGCAUCGAGGGCCCGGCUGGGCAUCGGGGCCAACCAGGAGUUUGAGCUGCAGCAGCCCCUGUUCAGGCUGCACACGUACAGUGAGGAGCAGGUCAUUUCUGACCCCAGACUCCGUGUCGAGCUCGCUCUCCGAGAAGCUGGACUGCAUAAAACACUUUAUGCAAGAGAGAUUUUGCCAAAAAUUCCUCCACCAAAGCUUCCAAGAAGAGACAUGGAAUCUACAGCUUUUGAAGUGUAGACCACCUCUUGUCUCAGGAGCAGAGGAGCUUCAGGGGUGUCAGUGUGUCACAUCCAAGUUCUGCAGAGACAGGUGUGUCCAGUUUUCACCCCUCAGACUGAGAACUCCGCUGGCAAAGCCCUCCCAGCCUGAGCACGGCCUCAACCCCGAGCAGGGCACUCAGGGCACAGCGCUGGGACCUGCUGGAGACCCCAAGGUGGGUGCCAGAGGGGGGCAGCUGGUGUGACAAACCCCCACGAGUGAGCACAGGGCCAGGCCAGGAGCAGCAUCACCCCGGGAUGGCAGCUGAGGUAUUUAGUGGGGAAAUGCUGCAGAGCCUGCCCUGAGCCGUGGGAGCUGCGUUGUCUGGGCUCAGCUUCUGUGAGUUUGGGCUAAAAUUACAACUCUGUGUAUUUGUGCUUUUUAUUUUGGUAUCUCCUUUGGGCUAACUUGUUAUUUUUAAAACACAUUUGACCAACCUCACAACUGGCUGGAUGUUCCUGUGGGGAGACAGCAGUGCUUUGCUGUGAGGAACAGACUGGCUGCAAGACAAGUCCCAGAAAGGGAUCGUCCCAAACCUAUGGCAGUUGAUUAUCUUUUUCCUUGCCUUUAAAAGCAGAUCUAAAAGAUAAUUUCAGUGGUGCAAAAUCUUUUGAGAUUCAAGUCCAGUAUUCUUUUUCCUUGAGAGGUUUUAAAUUACUUUCACAAAGAGCUUGAAGGUACAUUGCUGUUAGUAUGGGAGUUUCUGAAGUGGACUUUGAACUUGGCAGAACUGAGUUGGAAGAGUAGGUUGGAUUGCAUGGUAAGUGACUGGAGGAAUGUGUGUCUAUUCUGGGAAGACACUGAUUCCUGUCCUGGGAUUUCUUCUCUGUCAUAUUAAUAUUAGAGGCUAAAAACUGCCAUCUUGGAAUGGAAACCAGGAACCAGUCUCCUUUUCUUGUAUAAAGUGGAAUUUGCUUUUUCAUGGCACCAGUUUUCACGAUAUCAUAGAAUCAUCAGAGAAUCCCAAAAUGGUUUGGGUUGAAAGGGACCUUAAAGCCCAUUCAGUUCCACCCACCCUUCCACGAGGCCGGGCUGGUCCAAGCCCCAUCCAGCCUGGCCUUGAACACUUUCUGUAAGUUAUCCUGCAAGUUCCCUGUAAGUUACUGUUCCAAAUUAAUUUGGAAGCAAGCUUGUUAGUGAACCUUAAGAACUGAAAGUGAUUUUGUGGGAAUUCUUCAGGCUAUAGGGGACGCUCUGCAAACAACCCCUCCAUUCCACCCAGGUGCAGUUCAGUCUCUUCCAGCUUGUGGAGACACUUGCAGAUGAUUUGCUGGAUGUAAAAGAUGCAGUUAUGUGAAAUCAGGUCAAGGUUAUGUCAGCACUAUGUGCUCCUCAUCCCACUACCUCACAAGGGUCUCUGUGCCCAAGCCUGCCCACCCUAUGACAAGGGUCAAGCUGCUCCUGCUCAGCCAGAGACGGCCUCUCGUGCUUAAACUCUGGCACCUGCCAGUUUGUCACAUCUUUAAAUACUGUAGGAAUGAAAGUCUGAACAGCCUCUGUAACAGCAGUAACAAUAAUGGUUACAAGUACUGAUUAUUUUGGGAUGUCAUUUACUUAGGCUUUGGCUUUAUGCCCAAAGCAAAGGGAUCUCCUUCCUACAGGAUCACCGUGGACAGGAGUGACCUUAACAGGACAGUCCUUUACGAUGAGUGGAGCCGGGAGCAAGGAACCUGCAGCUCAGUAACA